AUGGCCCCAGCAGAGGCCCGGACCAUCGUGUCCUCUCACCCGGACAGCGUGCGCAUGCUCGUCCUCGAGACCGACGAGCCGCACCCGGACACGCAGAGGGAGCGGGGGUCCUUUGGCGAGGUGCUCAACGAGCUGUUCCAGCGGGCCGGCGAGGCGCACGAGCCCAAGCUGGGCAUCGAGACGCUCAUGAUGUACGCCGUCGAGCCCGAGGGCGGGCGGAUCCCCGACGCAGAGGAGAUUGGGGACGACGUGCACGCCAUCCUGAUCACGGGGUCCGUGUACGAUGCGCAUAGCGACGAGGAGUGGGUGCUCAAGUUGUUGAGGUUGAUUCAGGAAUUGUGGAAGACGCGCCCAGACAUCCGUUUCACGGGCAUCUGCUUCGGGCACCAGAUCCUGUGCCGGGCCCUGGGCUCCAAGGUGAAGCCCCAGGAGAACAACGAGUGGGAGCUCUCGCACACGCGGCUCACCCUCAACGACGUCGGGCGCCGCCUCUUUGCCAUCCCGCCGCACGACCCGCCGCACAUCCACCUGCACGAGAUGCACCUCGACCACGUCGUCCAGGCGCCCGUGCUCGACCCGGCCGAGCACACGGUGCACGUCUGGGCCACGAGCGAGCACACCGACGUCCAGGGCGUCUACAUCCAGGGCCGUCUGUUCACGUCGCAGGGCCACAUGGAGUUUGACGAGGACAUGGUGCGGCGGCAGCUCGAGAUGCGCGUGGAGAGCGGGAGCCUGGAUGCACAGGAGGCCAGGGAGGCCGAGGCGCGGGCCGAGUGGAUGCACGACGGGCUCGUGGUGGCCAAGGCCGUGCUGAGGUUCUUCCACGGGGACGACGAUGAUAUUUGA